GCUACGCCUCCCAGUCUCAGCUGGUGAGAGCCUUUAGCCUUGGCCUUGUGGCGUGCGGCUUCUCCAGCAGAGGGAAGAAUUAAAUAUUAUGAGUACUUCUGGAUUAGAGACCUUGUGGAUCUGAAAAAAUAAGUCGUUCUUGUAAAGGUCUGUGCACCGUGUAGGCCUGUUGCCCAUGGGAGCCAGAAGAGUGUUGAUGCCCUGGAACUGGAGUUACAAAAGGUUUGGAGGUACCAAGUAAGGAACUAAUGUAUAUGAUGCUGGAAAUUUUUAAACACAAACUGCUAAUGAAUGAAAGGCUUAAAACAGAUAUAUUUUUGAAGUUAUCAGAAAAAUGACAAUGAAAAUAGGGAUCAAGAAGACCGAUGGAAAACCACUUAGGAGAGAACCAUAGAAGAUGUACACUUCAGAAGAGAAAUGUAACCAGAGAACUCAAAAAAGGAAAACAUACCAUGUAUGCCCUCAAAAGGGGGAAAAAGAUUUAUAUUCGUGUACAUGAGAUUACUCAAAUAGAUAAUCAAAUAUAUCAGUGCCUUGAACGUGAACAAAACUUUUGUGAAAACUUAGCACGAAUGUGUGAGAGAACAUAUACUGAGGAGAAACCUUAUAGAUGUGAUAUGUGUGAGAAAACCUUCAUCCAAAGUUCAGAUCUUAUUUCCCACCAGAGGAUCCAUAAUUAUGAGAAACCUUAUAAAUGUAGCAAAUGUGAGAAGAGCUUUUGGCACCACUUAGCCCUUUCAGGACACCAGAGAACACAUGCAGGUAAAAAGUUUUAUACCUGUGACAUCUGUGGCAAGAAUUUUGGUCAGAGCUCUGAUCUGCUUGUCCACCAGCGAAGCCAUACAGGUGAAAAACCUUAUCUGUGUAAUGAGUGUGAUAAAUGCUUCAGUCGAAGUACAAAUCUCAUAAGGCACCGAAGAACUCACACAGGUGAGAAACCAUUUAAGUGUCUGGAAUGUGAAAAAGCUUUUAGUGGGAAAUCAGAUCUUAUUAGCCACCAAAGGACUCAUACUGGUGAAAGGCCCUACAAAUGCAAUAAAUGUGAGAAAAGUUACCGACAUAGGUCUGCCUUCAUUGUGCAUAAAAGAGUUCAUACUGGGGAGAAGCCGUAUAAGUGUGGUGCCUGUGAAAAGUGCUUUGGCCAGAAAUCAGACCUUAUUGUACACCAGAGAGUCCAUACAGGAGAAAAACCAUAUAAAUGCUUGGAGUGUAUGAGAAGUUUUACCCGGAGUGCCAACCUAAUUAGGCACCAGGCAACUCACACUCAUACUUUCAAAUGCCUUGAAUAUGAGAAAAGUUUCAACUGUAGCUCAGACUUUAUUGUGCAUCAGAGAAUUCAUAUGGAAGAAAAACCACAUCAAUGGUCUAUGUGUGAGAGUGACUUCCUCCUAGGUAUGGACUUCGUUGCCCAGCAGAAAAUGAGGACUCAAACAGAGGAGCUCCAUUAUAAAUACAGUGUAUGUGACAAAAGCUUUCAUCAUAGCUCAGCCUUUCUUCAACAUCAGACAGUGCACAUUGAUGAUGACUACAUCUGUAAUAUGAGUGAAAAAGGGCUUGAUCUCAGCUCUCANGCAUCGGAAACCUCACGUAUGUCUUGACAAGUCAUGUAACCUUAAAAAUAUAUUUAUAUAUCAGAAUUCAAUAAGUGAAAGACUCCUAGGUAAAUUUCAGAUUACCCUUAGAUCUCAGACUUCAUUGGAGUUCAGAGAGUCUACAGUCUUUGGAACUGUAAGAAAAGUUUAAAUGCAGAGAGUGGCCCUGUCAGGACACCUUUAUUAGCCACAGUUGUAAAGAACUCCUCAAAUGCUCUGGGUUUUGGAAACCCAUCACAAGAUUCAUACAGGUAGGAAGCCUUACAGUGCAGUAUGAGAGCUCUCCAGCAGUGUUAAGUCCUCAUUUUUACAAGAUAUUUCACACCAGAGAACAACCAUAUAAAUGUUUUGUAUUGGCAGUACUUCAGACAGUGUGUAUGUCUUAUUGGAUAUCAGAAAAAUCACCCUGGGGAGAAGCCUCAGACAUAAAAGGAAAAAGCUUCUAAAAGAACUCCNACUUUCUUACCCCUCAGAGAUGCCAUACUGGGGUAAAUGGAUAUUUGGGUGUGGCAAAAANACGUGUUGGAGAGUCAUACUUGGGUUUCCAUCCUCCUAGACAAAAAUCAGAGGAACAAUAAGUAUCUGAAUGAAGAAAGCUUAUUAAUUUUCAGCUCUUGGAGCAUAUCAGGGAACUUACAUUAGUGAAAACCCGUACAUGCAUUGUGUCUGAGAAGCUAGAAAGAAGCUCUUAUUUAGCCCAGAGAAUGAAUUCUACGGAGGAGUUGUUCCAGUAAGAGAUCUAAUUGUGGGUGAGAAUCUGUAUAUAUGCUGUUCAUAGUUGAACUACAUUGUGGAAAAAAAAAAACAAAAAAACAAAAAACAAAACUAGAGUUGUAUGGAAAUAAUGUCCUAGCAACCCAAAAGCUUGUUCUGGAGGAGCUGGGGCAGGUCUAUGGAUCUGGAGGGUAACUCAGGUAAAGAUGCUUUUCUUUUGUCUCAGCCAAUUAAUGAUUGCUUUAGUUUCACUUCAAGAAUUUCAUAAAUCCAAUAAUGGAAAGAACUGUAAUCUUGUGUAUAAGUAGGGUGUGAUUUAUUGUUAGAAGAAAGCAGUGCUUUGAUUUUUGCUUUCUGUUUGGUUUUCUUGUUUCUUAAAAUCUCUUGGCUAGAAUGGGAAUGGUGUGUUGCUAAGAAGCUAAGGAGUACUUAGUUUGGGUUAAAAUUCUUAGCUUCCCUUUGGCAUGAUCCACCUCAGCAAAAAGCAGAACACUCAACGCUUAGUGUUGACAUCUGCCCUCAGAAUUGUCCUAAGAUGUCCAAAAUUGACCCUAAAAUUUCUUUUUGAGUUAUCAUCACUGGGGUCAUUGAAAUUUCAUAUUUAUAGAUUCAUUCAUUUUCACGUCAAAAUGACAAAUUUUAGGAUACUGGUUAUGAUGAUAUUAUAGUAUUCAGGAUUUUGUGACUUGCUUCAUCUCUUUUAGUGAUAGAUACUUUAACAGAAGGAAUAGGGGGCAAGUUGUAAGCCAGAGAAAGUAGAGGAGCGAUGCAAUGAAGCAUUUUUUUGUUUUAAAGAUUUAUUUAUUAUACAUGAGUACACUGUAGCUGUCUUCAGACACCAGAAGAGGGCGUCAGAUCUCUUUACAGGUGGUUGUGAGCCACCAUGUGGUUGCUGGGAUUUGAACUCACGGACCUUUGGAAGAGCAGUCAGUGCUCUUACCCACUGAGCCAUCUCACCAGCUUAAUGAAGCAUUUUAAUAGAGAAACAGGACACUGAUUUUGAGGAUCCUGACUCCAAAGCUAAUGUCCUCCUUCAGUCUAUUAUCCUGAUACUUGCAGCAAUUAAGCUUCAUAAUGACAUUUUUUUUUUCCAUUUAUUUCAGUUCUAUCAAGGAAAGAAAAAUACAGUUUAAUCCCAGGGAAAGGAUUGCAGUCAACACAAUAUAAGGUAUAUUCUUGUUUGGAAUGUAGGAUUCAAAUUGUUAGAAAAGUAGUCAGCAGAUUGACCUGAGGUUUAAGGAUAAAUAUGUGUUUCCAGUCCACUGGGGUAACUGAUUGUCUUUCACACUCUUUGGAUAGCUCAUGACCCAAGCAUCUGUCAAAUGGUCACUUCUCAUUUGCUUUCUUUGACUUAAAAGACUUAAUACAAAUAUAUCAAGUUCCUGUAUAUUUGAGACUGUAUAGAAUUAUAAUUAUUUUAUUGUUAAUCAAUAACUGUCCUGGUUUUAUUGUAAGCUCUUUAGUGAACUCUUGAGGGUAUUAGUGUUUGGAGUCACAAAAUGUUUCUGGUGCUACCUUACAUGUGACUGUAAGCUCUCGCCCUGAUAAUUGUUUGAUAAUCAUAAUCCUAAGGGCAGUGAAUUUAGCUCAGUAAAGAAUCUGGUUCAAGUAUUUUUCCUUUUUAGAAAACUGAUUGUGUCAGUUGUUUUGUUUGAUUUUGUUUGUUUGGUUUGGUUUGGUUUUCUGAAAUUGAGUUUUUCUGUAUAGCCCUGGCUGUUCUGGAACUAGCUAUGUAGACCAGGCUGGCCUCAAACUUACAGUGCUCCUCCUGCCUCUGCCUCCCUAGUGCUAGGAUUAAAGGCAUGCUCUACAACCACCUGUCUGUGUCAGAUUUUUUGAUCUAACAUGUUCCAGUAAUUUUAUAAAUACCUUUAGUACUAUGAAAAAUUAUCCAUUGUGAUAAAUACACAUGAGAUGUAUAUUUUCCUCUUUGGGGAAAAUCAUGCCUAUCACUAGUAAAAGUUUAAAAUUGUGAUACUUAAUACUGGGUGUGUGACAAUGGCAGUUUAAAAAAAAAAAAAGGUUAUUA